AUGAAGAUCAUCAUUUGGAAUAGCAGGGGCGCUCUAAAGCCCAAUUUUCGGAGUCAUAUACAUGAUCUGGUUCAAAUCCAUGAUCCUGCCAUUAUGGUAAUCAUGGAGAUGAAGCUUGGUGGUGUUAGAGCCAAAGAGAUUACAGACACGCUCCCGUUUGAUGGGGCUAUUCACACUGAAACGAUAGGGUACACUGGAGGACUUUGGCUUUUGUGGAAUUCAAACAGAGUGGAAGUGGGAGCAUUAGCCAACACAGAGCAGGAAAUUCAUGUCGAAGUUAAGGUACGCCCUUCUAAUCUUACCUGGAUUUUUUCCGCAAUUUAUGCUAAUCCUAGGAGUGAGGAAAGGCACAUAUUAUGGGAUAAUCUGUCUAAGGUGGCUGAACUUCAUAAUAAACCCUGGGUUAUGGCUGGUGAUUUCAAUGAACCUUUAAUUGAGGAGGAUAAGUAUGGGGGCAGAGGAGUUCAUGUUAAUCGCUCUUUAGCUUUUAAGGACUGUCUUGAUUCUUGUAACAUGGUUGAUAUGGGGUUCUCGGGGUCGAGAUAUGGGGUUCUCGGGGCCGAGAUACACGUGGUCAAACAAAAGAGAACUUAA